AUGUUGUACACAAACGCAACUAUCGUCACGGUCGAUCCAUCACGACGAGUUAUUGGCGAUGGAGCACUUCGCCUAGAGAACGACAAAAUCGCUGAUUUGGGUAAGACGGAUCAAUUGAGGGUAAAAUAUCCCGGGGAAAAGGAAUAUGACCUCAGUGGCCGCAUUGUCAUACCCGGUCUCAUUUCAACGCACAUGCACACGGCGCAAACAUUGCUGCGAGGGACGGCGGAUGAUCUUGAACUUGUCUCGUGGCUCUGUGAGAGAAUCUGGGUGCUACAGGGUAACUUCACCGAAGCAGAUGGAUAUGCCGCCGCGCGUUUGAGCAUCGGGGAGAUGUUGAAGUCAGGCACUACGUGUUUCUUAGAGAGCAUGUUCGCCGACCGAUACGGAUUUGAUGGGCUUUGUCGAGCUGUGGAAGAGAGCGGAAUCCGUGGCUGUCUGGGCAAAAUUGUCAUGGACAUAGCACGAUACGCCAAGGACGACGCCUGGGCAAUGCAUCCAGGACUGGCCGAGAAUCGGGAAACGUCAUUGCUAGGCACUCUCCGCAUGUGGGAAAAAUGGAAUGGCAAGGCGGACGAUCGUAUCCGUGUGUGGUUUGGGGCCAGAACGCCAGGAGGGGUAUCAGAAGCGCUCUACCGGGAAAUGACUACACUUUCGCAUUCCAAGGGAAUCCCGAUCACAAUGCACUGCGCCGAGGUCAGAGCUGACCGAGAAUUUCUCAGUUCUGUCUCACACACGCCCAUGUCCUAUUGCGAAUCCGUCGGACUCCUCUCCCCAUCCACUGUGCUCGCUCAUAUGGUUCACUUGGAUGAUUUCGAUAUUCAGCGUCUCUCAGCGUCCGGCACACAUGUUGCCCACUGUCCGACAUCAAAUGCGAAACUGGCCUCAGGCAUCUGUCGUGUUCCGGACCUCCAGAAGGCAAACGUCAACAUUAGCCUGGGAACAGACGGUGCACCAUGCAAUAAUACCUGCGACUUGCUGCAGGAAAUGAAACUAGCCGCUAUUAUUCACAAGAGUACCUCGUAUGACCCGACGGCCAUCCCAGCAGAGUCCGUUCUCGAGAUGGCCACCAUCAAUGGCGCAAAGGCGCUGGGCUUGGACGACCGUAUUGGUAGUCUCGAGAUUGGGAAGAAAGCUGAUUUUGUGGCAAUUGACAUGCGUGGGAUUCACUCCCAGCCUUGGUUCAAUGCUGUCAGCGCAAUUGUAUAUACAGCGACAGGGAGAGAUGUAGAUGUCGUGGUUGUCGAUGGACGCAUGCUGGUCAAGGAUGGCGAGCUGUUAACCAUGGAUGAGACAGAAAUCGUGGAGGAAGCAAAGAAAAGAAGUCGAGAGGUGGUGGAACGAGCUGGCUUAACUGAAAAGACGAAAGGGCGAUGGCCGGUGGAGUGA